GAGACAGCAUGAGUACCCUGUCUGAAUCUUUGGUGGGAAGCAGCAGGUCUUUGUCUGCAGCCAAGAGACACAAAAGCACCAGGAAAAAUUCCAGGAGGAUUUAUUCAACUUACCAGGACCACCAGCCCGGUUCCUCUGAUGAGGAAGACAAAGAGGAUGAACGAGUGGACAGCAAUGACCCGGAGGAAAUGUUCCAGAACAUUCAGUAUCAGAAGGAGAUCAUUGCCAACAUUCGGACAAGACCCUGGCCAAUGAGACGCAAGCUCAAAGUCUUGAAGCAUGCCAGAGAGAUUGUACUGAAGUAUGAGGGGCGACUAACAAGGACAAGAGGCUAUCAGACAGCAGGAGCUGAUCUGCUGAAAAAGUUGUCCCGUGUGCUCUACAACGUUGUGGUUGUCUUCAUUCCUUGGGAAGUGAGGAUUAAAAAAAUUGAAAGCCAUUUUGGAUCUGGUGUGGCCUCCUACUUCAUAUUUCUACGCUGGCUGUUUGGGAUCAACAUUGUCCUCACCAUCAUGACUGGAGCAUUCAUCGUCUUACCAGAGCUGCUUGCUGGAGCCCCAUUUGGAACAACCAGGAGUAAAACUAUUCCCAAGGAGCACCUGGCUUCUGCUCAAGACCUGGACACCAUCUGGUCUCUUGGGGGUUACCUCCAGUACUCUGUGUUAUUCUACGGUUACUACGGCAGGGUACGGAAAAUUGGGAGUGCAGGGUACCGGCUGCCCCUUGCCUACUUCUUGGUUGGGAUGGCUGUCUUUGCCUACAGUUUCAUCAUUCUCUUAAGAAAAAUGGCCAAGAACUCCAGACUCAGUCUGGCCAGCGCUUCUGAUGAAAACUUCACAUUCUGUUGGAGAGUGUUUUGUGCUUGGGAUUAUUUAAUUGGAAACCCAGAGGCUGCAGAAAGCAAAGGAGCGGCUAUCGUCAACAAUAUCCGGGAAGCCAUUGUGGAGGAGCAGGAAAAGAAGAAAGAUACCAGCCUGGCCGUUCUGAUCAGUCUCCGUUUAUUAGCCAACAUCCUGGUGCUGAUGUCUCUGGCUGGCAGCAUAUAUAUCAUCUACUUUGUGGUAGACCGUUCUCAGAAACUGGAGCAGGAGAAGCCGGAGCUUACCCUAUGGGAGAAAAAUGAGGUUAGUGUUGUGGUUUCGCUCAUCACCAUGAUUGCACCGUCUGCUUUUGAGCUCGUAGCUCAGUUAGAGAUGUAUCAUCCAAGAACUUCUCUGCGUUUUCAGCUCGCCAGAGUGCUUGUUUUAUAUCUUGGGAAUCUCUACAGCCUCAUUAUUGCCCUCCUUGAUAAGGUCAACAGUAUGAGCUCUGCGAUCCUGGUUGCCCCAGCAAACUGGUCUGACACCAGCUCCUAUUUAGCUACAAUCUCCCAGCCUGCUGUGGACAGUCUGUCAACCCUGGUGUCUGAUAUUUCACAACGCAACAGCACCAUCGCAACCACUGUCAUGUUGUUAAAUGUGACAAACAACAGCAAGAACGGUUUAGUGACCUUAUCCAAUCAGACCACUCAGUUUGGAAAAAACGCUCGCUCGCAGCAGGACCAGUGCUGGGAGACCUACGUUGGGCAGGAGAUGUUGAAGCUGUCCAUCAUCGAUAUGAUCUUCACAGUGGCCAGCAUCUUGCUCAUUGACUUUAUCAGAGGUCUGGUGGUUCGUUACCUCAGCGACUGCUGCUGCUGGGAUUUGGAAAGCAAGUUUCCUGAAUAUGGGGAAUUCAAAAUAGCAGAGAAUGUCUUGCACCUGAUUUACAACCAAGGGAUGAUCUGGAUGGGAGCUUUUUUCUCCCCUUGUCUCCCCGCUUUUAACGUGUUGAAGCUUAUUGGUCUCAUGUAUCUGAGGAGCUGGGCCGUCCUCACCUGUAAUGUUCCCCAUCAACAGGUGUUCAGAGCAUCCAGAUCCAACAAUUUCUACUUGGCGAUGCUGCUUUUCAUGCUCUUUCUGUGUAUGCUGCCCACCAUAUUUGCAAUUGUAAGGUAUCGGCCAUCAAAACACUGUGGACCAUUUAGUGGUCAAGAGAAGAUAUAUGAUAUCAUAUCUGAAACUGUGGCCAGCGACUUUCCCCAAUGGUUCAGUAAAGUGAUGGGUUACAUCACAAGCCCUGUCGUAGUAUUACCAGCACUGCUGCUUCUGUUCAUGCUGAUAUACUACCUUCAGGCCAUCGCCAGAUCGCUAAAAUUCACCAACAACCUGCUGAGAAUGCAGCUCCAAACUGAGCGCACUGAUGACAAAAAGAAAGUCUUCAACAUGGCUGUCGGUGUGGCAGGGAUACUGCCGGCUCCAGGAGAGACAGUGGGGGAAAACAAACCCGAUGAACACGAGAGUGACAUCACCAGCCAAGAUCCUUCCAUCCAAACUCCCUCCCCGCAACGGAACGGCAGCAUAACCAAUUUACAUACUCCUGGGCUGCGCAGUAACAGCAUCCGCACAAUUACACAGUCGGCAUCUCGUGGAGAGUUGAAUAGAGCGAAUGUGGCUGGAUCCUCCAGAAGUCCUGCUGUGUCCGCACUGCCAAAACAUAAGCUGGCUCACAUACCAAACAGACCCACACCCUUUGUUGGAGGCCCCAGUGGUUCCUGUCGCUCUAAGUCUUACUUCCACAAGGCCUACAAUCUCCCAGCGAAACACUCUGACAAGACCCAUUCUGACCCCAUUUACAGGAAGACUGUGCGUGCAAUGCAUCCCGGGAUGAUAACGGCACAGGGCUGUAGGGGACGCCGCGGUCAUGCCACCAGAUACGUCAUUGUGAACGAACAAGAACCCAGGAAGAAGCUGCUUCGCUCGGCGACACGUAUCCCACGCCAUUACUUUAUGGAGGAAGAGCCAGCCGAGAUCCUGGAGCUCUACCCAUGCAAUGUCAAGCGCUACACGCCUCGGACUCCACACCACCAACCACAUCCUCACAGAUCUCACCAUUCCCAACAGAAUCUCAGUGAGGAUGACGAGGAAGAGGGGAAGCGCAGAAGACGGGUGUUGUUAGGGAAGGCUUAUCGGCCCUGUUCUCUGUCCGACCUGCACCAGCCAGCCCACUUCUACAUUGGGGAUGGAUUGGAAAGCCAUGUGUCUGUAUCCAAAGACAACCAUGUAGGUAGAGGCAGGUAUGGAGACCAAGAUGAAGAUGAAGGAGACAUGGAAUGGAGAGGUUCACAGUCCCACUCCCGAUCCCAGGACAGUAUCAGAGGAGCAGAGUCUCUAUUGGUUCGAACUAGGCAUCAUGGGAUUUCUCCUGGAAGGUACGGCCAGUCACCAGCCAGGAACAGGCACAUGGAACCGCACAUAAAACCCAAGACAAGACCAAAGCUGGAGCACCCUCUGACUGAGUCUGACUCUGCUUCCCUGGCAUCCAGCAGUGAUCAGCAAAACAGCAGUACAGACCAGUAUAUUCAGGUGAUCCACAACAAGGAGCGCUAUCUCAAGUCCAGGCAAGGAAAGUUACCAAAAAAGAGGUUUAAACAGAGCUUAGAUUUCAGUGCCCCCGAGUCAAAUGACCUGGUUUGUUCCAAUGUAUGACAUAUUGAUUAAAAAUAUUACAAGUGCAAGUUGGGAGUUUAUAGAAAUGUGAUUUUAUGUUCUUGUUCGUGUGGUCUUGUGUUUCAUGCAUUAUUGGAAAUGUGUGUAGAGUACAAUAAAUCCAAUUUGCACUCAUUCUUAUG